CCGCCUCUUAUUCACUCACUCUUCAAUUCGAUCAAUCCGUUUUUCGUUUUGUUUCAUAUUUUAAUAAAUAAAUUCAUAUUUAUUACAUUAUAUUUAUAAAAAAUAUAGUAGUAUAGGAUUCACUUUCAACGUAAGGAUAUUCAUCUUCAAUUGAAUUCAUAUAAAAAAAAGUACGAUGAGCUCGGGUGGAACACGUGUGUACGUUGGUGGACUUGUCGAGGGCAUAAAGAAAGAGGAUCUCGAAAGGGAGUUUGACAAAUAUGGCAAAUUGAACUCCGUUUGGGUAGCACUCAAUCCCCCCGGAUUUGCAUUCAUAGAAUUUGAAAACAUGCAGGAGGCAGAAGAUGCGUGUAGCGCGAUGAAUGGUUUUGAAAUGUUAGGCGCGACAUUGAAAGUAGAGUUAUCGAGGAAACGUGACGGACCGCGUCGCGGCGGUGGUAACUUCAGAGGAGGGCGAGGUGGCAACUUCCGGGGCCGGUCGUUCGGGGGCCCUCCUAGUGGCAACAGAUCUUUCAAUAACUUCGGAGGCAAUGGCGGUGGUGGUGGCGGCGGCAGGCCGUUCAACCGCAACGGAGGCCAGUCUUAUAACAAGUAUCCUUCUUCAGGAAGUAAUAUGAGGUCCAGGUCACCACUAGAGCGUCUUUAAUUUAAUCUUAGCUUUUAAUUAGGUUUAGUGUUAACAUUAUCUGAAGCCUUCCAAGUGUUAAAAUUCAAUGUCUGUUCUUACGGGAGGGUUUAAAUGCUGGGAAGAGUUCUAUCAACAACAACAAUGACCUGAGGAAUUAGAGUUCCUUGGAUUUUGGUCUCGAGUCAACCUGACAUGAGAAUAAUUAAGCAAGAACAAUCAUCAAUAAAUAAUAAAAUACAAUUUACCUAAGCACUUAUGCAUUAAGACUUUUACAUGUAAUAAAUGAAACAUAUGAUAUG